AGUCACUAGUACUAUUUGGUAAAACACAUAUCUCCUCUUAAGUGUAUGUGUGUUGCUUAAGAGAAAAUAUAAUUAUGGCUGCUUCUUCCAUAUUUUCACUUACUAUGUUACUACUUGUUCUUGUAAUGAUCCAAUCUUCCAUGGCUAGCCUAGACUUCAAUUUAGCACCUACUUUCUCUCCUCUCUUUGAUAACAACCGUAAGCUAUGUGAAGAAGUCAAUUGUGGAAAAGGGAACUGCUCAAUUGAUGUUACUAAGCCAUUUAGUUUUGUUUGCAAGUGUGAUCCUGGAUGGCGACGCACUCGCCCUGAUGAUCAUGAUGAUGAUGAUCAUGAUGAAGAUGAUCUUCAGUUCCUUCCUUGCGUUAUUCCCAACUGUUCUCUUGACUAUACAUGCAUGCCGGCUCCUCCUCCGACUCCUCCAGUCCCUAAUAAUAUUUCUGCCUUUGAUCCUUGUUACUGGACAUACUGUGGAGAAGGGACAUGCAACAUGAAUCAUACGUAUAAGCAUACAUGCGACUGCAAGCCCGGAUACACCAAUCUCAUGAACAUUUCCCAUUUUCCGUGCUUCAGCAGCUGUGCUAUUGGUAGCGAUUGCAGUAGACUUGGAGUACGAUUAUUAGACGCAAACGCAACAUCUCCUUCUGGUGAUAGUAAUCAAGGUAACAAAUUUCUUCAUGGAGGCUUCUAUUGGAUUGGAAUCACAGUCAUGACUGUGACCAUGGCUUUAUGGAAAUAGGACACACAUAUAUAUGCUUGGGUUGAUUGUUUUGUUAAGAGGUCUAGCUUGUUGAGUUGUCAUUGAUGUUUUGAUUGACAUAUUAUAUGUAUUGAUGAUUGUUUGUGUAUAAAAUAAGAUCAUUACCUAGUAGAAAUGAAGAAUUAUAUUUGUAGAUUGUA